AUGUCCGACUCUACUCUCUAUCUCUACACCUCCCUCACUGCGGGGUCAUCCCACAUCGUCACCGCCACUGCACGGUUGGAGACGAUUCUGAAGGCCAACAAAAUUCCCUUUCGCGCAAUUGACGUGGCUACCGAUGAAGUCGCUCGUAAGUUGUGGGGCCGUCGUUCCAAGGGUAAAAAAUUGCCUGGACUGGUGAAGUUUGGCACAGUUGUCGGUGAUCUCGAGGAAAUUGAGGAGUGGAAUGAAUACGGUGAGCUGAGGAUGCAGAUUGAUAGCGUGGAGGAUUUCGACAGCAUCCCUGCCACCAGCUACCCAGUCUCAACCUCCCAGACAAACACUGGAUCUGCUACCCCACAGCCUGCGACAGAGAGCGCAACCCCGAAGCAAAGCACAAUCAAAAUCCAGAGCCCACCGGCGAAGGAGAAGAAGGAUGAUUCGGUGACGCUCGCCUUGCGACAGGCGGGCGAGGAGGCUGUGGCAAAGGCCAAAGGCAACACAGGCGCAGAUUUCAAGAAGGACAACACCUCCGCAGAUUCAGAGGAGCAGAAGAAGCAGUCCUCGAGCAGCGGGGAGAACAAAGGAGGAGAAGAAACUGUACGUCGGCGAUCGGUGGUUCCGGAAAUUGUCGGGGGCGGUGGAGGGCGUCCACCUUUGAAAGUGCCCGAGUGCGCUGCGGAAUCAUCUGCCAAUUUCCGUGCUGAUAAUGCUGAAGCUCUAGGAUUGGUUCAACAUCAUCGCGGCUCCAUUGUCUCCGCAACUUCCCCAGAGGAAAUGGAGAAGGUGGCCCAGGACCUGCGCAAAUCUAUUUCCGGUGGCCACGAAGAUAUACUAGCGUCUUUGAAGAACGAACAGGCGGAGCGAGCGGGGCAGGAAGAGACAAUCGAGGAGGAGUCAGAUGGGUCCGAGAAUGACGAGCGUGGUGAGAAGAGUCAUCGUCAGAAAACCCAAAAACAGGAUAUUAAGGAUGCAGCGAAAGCGACAGAGAGCGUUGAGGAUUAA